CCCUGUCGUCAUCAUGGCUGCUACAAUAAGUUUAUAUCAUGACUAUUUUUGUGUUUCAAAGACUACACACUUUGCAAACACAUUGGCUUGCUUACCAGAUACAUUAUCUAGAAAAAAGAAAUAUAUAUAUUUGGCACGAACCUGAAUGUUGACAAAUUCUACGCACCGAUUGCGGUUGCUAUGGAAACACUCGCACCAAAGCAAACACACAUUUUGGCAGGUUUACAGCGUUUCUCAUUUAUUUACCAGAUAUGGAAUUCUGUGGUAGCAGUUAUAAUGGGGAUUACAACAAUGGCAGGAUGGAAGGGAGGGGAGAGUAUACUUUGCCAACCGAGACAAGAUAUGUUGGAGAGAUGAAGGAUGGUACAUUCCACGGAAAGGGAGUACUGUAUUUUCCCAAUGGAAGCAAAUACGAGGGAACAUGGGAAAAAGGAAUAUCAAAGCAGGGGAAAUACACCUUUGCUGAUGGACUGGAGUACCAGGAGAGUGAUUGGGAGUACUGUAAUGGCUGUGACAGACGGUUCUACACAGAAGUGUGUAAUGGACUGAAACCAGCAGGGGAGUCCCAGCUGACCAACCUGUACCCACCACGUGUCAUCCCCGAAGGCUGCUACGACUGUGGAGAUGGCUUCUACAAUCCCCAGACCCGGGUCAUCUCUGACUACAAACACAGUUUCCUUAGGAAUGCAGAUGAUGGUGAACAUGAGUGGAUUGUUCGGACCUGUCGGAAGGGCUGGGAUGAGGUUGUGGGACAUGCGUCCAGGAAGUAAACGCCUGAGAGCUGAGGGAACCUAUGACAAAGCGGGACCGCGUCACUCUGAUCUCAUACAAAUAGACAUUGUGCUUUUCAAUGGUAAUCAGCUAUGUUCCGCAGAAGAGGUUUGCCCUCACUGUAAUAAAACUCCUGACGGUAAAUCGGAAUGCUUUGGUGUGGGGGGGAACAAAACUGAAAAUUCCAUUCUUAUAGUGUGGAACCCAGAACGGAACACACUAAAUGUGGUCUGACAAAGACACCGUACAGUAUAUAAUACAACCUCCUUGGAUUCUGUUUCAUGUAGAUUAUUUGCAAGGCCUGUACUCCACUCUGAAGGGCAGUAAGGCAUAAACUGUUUACAGUAUGGAGUUAGGUAAAUCUUCCAACCAAUCACGGCAGGCUGCAGCUUUAUCAGAUGCGCUGAUGUAGACAGAAAACAUUUUUUGACAGUAUGGUUGGCAUCACCGUUAAGGAACGUCAUCUGGUUCAGUAAUUUUAAAAAAGCAGAGUACAGAUUAAACAAUUGUCUAGCAAUGGUUUCAGGGGACAAGCAAUUUAUUAUAUCUAUAAUGGUUGAUCUUAGUUAAAUAUAUGUAAUACAAUAUUUAUGUGUAGAUUUAGUUCCAGAUGUUUAGUAGCUAUUCACAACAGUGGAGUUAUGUGUUUUUGCAUCUGGGACUUUCUGUGGCACUGAAAAAUGCAUAUAAAUGCUUCUGCUAUUUCCCUUUUUUA